CUGGAGCGAGGGGGGUGAGGUAGAGGAGGAGGGAACAGAUCACGUGAUCCGACGCCAAGAUGGCCGCCGCCGCCUCCUUGUUUUGAUGAAUAAUCUCUGUGUAGGGAGCUAGAAGUAGCCGCCGCCGCGCCUCAGGAAGGGGCAGCUGCCUGGAGUGGGGGGCUGGGCAGUGCUGAGAGGUGGGGGGCUUUCCCACUCGUCCUCUGCUGCUCGAUCAGGCACUUGGAGGACUCCGGGCGAGCUCGCCUGGUUUGCCUGUGAGGGGACGCCUGUCUGUUUCGGGGAGGGGGACUUCGGCACAGACAGCCUCGCUGGGGCUCGCAGGGCAUAGGCGGCCUCAGGCGCUGUGCUUGUCUCGAAACAUGAACAUACGCGAGCCCUUCGGCAGCUGGGUUUCCUAGGGAGGCAAAAGGCAGAGCUCCCCUUCCCUGCCCAUCUGUAUCCAGCUAUAUGGGACUCACAGGGCCUUUAGGAUACUCAGAAGGCACCCUGCAGUUGUGGGCUUGGAGCAGGCCAGGAGAUAGGGAGCGGUUGGGGUACUAGGAGGCAUUGUGCCAUUGGGGGCAUAUAGGGGGCAGGCAGCCAGAGGAGUCUCUGGAGUACAAGAGGUGUUGUUCCACCCCCAGAGCUUUCAGGUGUGCAUUUAUGUAAUACAUGUAUCUAUGUGUGUGUAUAUAUAUCUACACACAAGCACACACAGAUCUGUGAGCCAUAAGGGCUUUCAUACCUAGCAGAGGUAGCCUGACAGGGAGGCUUUAGGAUCUAAAGGGCCGCAGGCAUUUGGCUUUUUAGGAUCUACCAGAGGCAGCUUAGGUCUAUAGGAGGUAGCUAGAGUAGGCCGAAAGGGGCAGUUGGCUCCAAAGGGGAAAAACGAGGAGCCAGGAUACAAGUGGGUGAGCCAGUGCUUGGGGUUCCGGAGGAAAGAGGCUUUUGGAACCGGGCUCACAGCGGAGGCAGCUAAGGUACAGGGAGGGGGCAAGACGUGGAGGUUCAGUGGCCAGAGAAAGGUGGGUUGGGUGUGUGUGGGUGCUACACUUUAGCUGACUAGCAAACGAGAGGAAGGAAGCUGUCUGUGCCCAAAGGGGAAAGUGUGUGUUGUGUGGUAUUGCUCUUAACCUCUGACUAUGCAAUUCUGAGGCAUCCUUGGGGAAAGAGGCAGCAAAACAGAGCUUCCCUUAAGGACUUGCUCUCCCACAAGCACGCCCCUCAAGGGAAGUACAGGGCCCCCCUUCCCCCACACUCCUUUCACCAUUAAGAGGAAAACAAUGGAGGAGCUGAGCGCUGAUGAGAUCCGCCGAAGGCGCCUUGCCCGGCUUGCUGGUGGGCCAUCUUCCCAGCCCACCACGCCGCUUACAUCCCCACAGAGGGAGAACCCCCCGGGACCGCCUGGAGCAGCGCCAUCCCCUGGAGCAUCUCAUAGUCUUGGGCUCAAUGUACAGAGCAUGACCCCUGCUACCUCUCCGAUUGGUGCAUCAGGUGUGGCCUACCGAAGCCAGAGCAGUGAAGGCGUGAGUUCACUCAGCAGCUCCCCGUCAAACAGCCUCGAAACGCAAUCUCAGUCCCUCUCCCGAUCGCAGAGCAUGGAUAUCGAUAGCGUCUCCUGCGAGAAAAGCAUGUCCCAGGUGGACGUAGAUUCAGGAAUUGAAAACAUGGAAGUGGAUGAGAAUGACCGGAGGGAGAAGAGAAGCCUCACGGAUAAGGAGCUCCCCUCAGGAUCAGAAAUAUCCGAGGAACAGGCCUUGCAGCUAGUCUGCAAGAUCUUCAGGGUCUCCUGGAAGGACCGAGAUCGGGACGUCAUCUUCCUAACUUCCCUUUCCGAGCAGUUUAAACAGAAUCCAAAAGAAGGAGUGUUCUCGGACUUCAAAGACUUGAUUGGGCAGAUCCUCAUGGAAGUCCUGAUGAUGUCGACCCAGCUGAGGGAGGAAAACCCCAUCACCAGCCUGACAGCGACGUCGCAGCCCAUUGCAGCCGCCGCCCGGUCGCCCGAUAGGAGUCUGGUUCUGAACACGGGCUCCAAUCCGGGGACGAGUCCCAUCUUCUGCAACGUUGGCUCAUUUGGCUCCAGCUCUUUAUCAAGUCUCUAUGGAACCAGCCCAGCUCCGACCGUCAGUUUUGCCAGCCCUGCGCCUCUAGCCAGCUCCUUCCUUGCCCCCUCCGCUAGCCCCGUGGCCCCCACGCCCGUGCCCUCCCUCUCCGUCAGCCCUCACGUCCUGGGCCUCCAGCCCCCCUCCCCACGCUACCGCCCGUACACGGUGGCCCACCCCUGGACCUUUCCGGCCAGUCCUGCCUCGCCCUCGGCCGGAGCCUCCACCCCCUCCCGUCCCCCGACUCCUCCGGCCGUCAGUUCCAGCCCUUCUGCUCCGCUGGCCAGCUCAAGCAGGCUGCGGCCCGUAGCCAUGGCCCUGCCUCUGUUCGCUGCUUCGCCCGGGCUCCUCGGCAGACGCUCCUCUCUCCCGGGCAGGACGCCGCCGAGUAUGUACGACAGCCCCUUCUCCCUCUUCCUUGCGGUGUCUGAUGUGUCUGGGGACAGUUCUGAGGAAGAAGAUGAUGAAGAGGAGGAGGACUUUGCUUGUGUCCAGUUUGGGUCCAGUGGCGAUGGGCCUGGUGGAGGCUCCGGAGGGGCCAGCGUUUCUGACUCGUGCAGUGACCACUUCACCAUCGAGACAUGCAAGGAAACGGAGAUGCUGAACUACCUCAUUGAGUGUUUCGACAGGGUGGGGAUAGAGGAGAGAAAAGCACCAAAGAUGUGUAGUCAGCCAGUGGUGAGCCAGUUACUGAGCAACAUCCGAUCCCAGUGCAUUUCCCAUGCUGCUUUGGUGCUCCAAGGAUCGUUAACACAGCCAAGGUCACUUCAACAACAGUCUUUGCUGGUCCCAUAUAUGCUCUGUAGGAAUCUCCCGUUUGGCUUCAUCCAAGAGCUGGUGAGAACUACCCAUCAGGACGAAGAGGUGUUCAAACAGAUAUUCAUCCCCAUUUUACAAGGCUUGGCGCUUGCUUCGAAAGAGUGCUCUCUUGAUAGUGACAAUUUUAAAUAUCCGCUUAUGGCUUUAGGUGAACUGUGCGAGAUCAAGUUUGGGAAAUCGCAUCCCGUGUGCAGCCUGGUUGUGUCUUUGCCUUUAUGGCUGCCGAAGUCUCUGGGUCCUGGUACCGGCCGGGAGCUACAAAGACUGUCUUACCUUGGGGUGUUCUUCAGCCUCUCCGUCUUUGCUGAAGAUGAUCCUAGAGUAGUGGAGAAAUAUUUCUCGGGGCCUGCCAUUACCCUGGAAAACACCCGGGUGGUUAGUCAGUCUUUGCAGCACUAUCUGGAGUCCGCAAGGCAAGAGCUGUUCAAGAUCUUGCAUAGUGUCUUGCUCAACGGAGAAACCCGGGAGGCAGCUCUGAGCUACAUGGCAGCUGUGGUCAAUGCCAACAUGAAGAAGGCCCAGAUGCAGACGGAUGACCGCUUGGUGUCUACGGACGGCUUUAUGCUCAACUUCUUGUGGGUGCUGCAGCAGCUGAGCACAAAGAUCAAGCUGGAGACGAUUGAUCCUUCUUACAUCUUUCACCCCCGGUGUCGUAUCGUUCUCCCGGCAGACGAGACGAGAGUGAAAGCAACCAUGGAGGACGUCGGCAGCUGGAUGACGGAGCUGUCUAGGGACCAGCCUCUUUUUUCCGAGCCGAAAUUCCCCACCGAGUGCUUCUUCCUGACGCUCCACACGCACCACCUCUCCAUCCUGCCAAGCUGCCGGCGCUACAUCCGCCGGCUGAGGGCCAUCCGAGAGCUCAACAGGACGGUGGAGGAUCUGAAGAACAACGAAAGCCAGUGGAAGGAUUCCCCCCUGGCUACGCGGCAUCGAGAAAUGCUGAAACGCUGCAAAACGCAACUCAAGAAACUGGUGCGUUGCAAAGCUUGUGCGGAUGCUGGGCUAUUGGACGAGAACUUCCUGAGGAGGAGCCUGAACUUCUACGGCAUGGUGAUCCAGCUCUUGCUCCGGAUCCUGGACCCCGCCUACCCCAAUAUAAAACUGCCUCUAAAUCCUGACGUCCCGAAAGUGUUCGCAGCGUUGCCGGAGUUUUAUGUGGAAGAUGUUGCGGAAUUCUUAUUUUUUAUUGUACAAUAUUCUCCUCAGGUACUUUAUGAGCCCUGCACUCAGGACGUCGUGACGUUCCUCGUUGUCAUGCUGUGCAACCAGAACUACAUCCGGAACCCUUACCUGGUUGCCAAGCUGGUGGAGGUGAUGUUCAUGACCAACCCGGCGGUCCAGCCCCGGACGCAGAAGUUCUUCGAGAUGAUCGAGAACCACCCGCUCUCCACCAAGCUGCUGGUCCCGUCACUGAUGAAGUUUUACACAGAUGUUGAGCACACAGGAGCCACCAGUGAGUUCUAUGACAAAUUUACGAUCCGCUACCAUAUCAGCACCAUCUUCAAAAGCCUUUGGCAGAACAUCGCUCACCACGGCACCUUCAUGGAGGAGUUCAACUCCGGGAAGCAGUUUGUGCGCUACAUCAAUAUGCUGAUCAAUGACACGACGUUCUUGCUGGACGAGAGUUUGGAGUCCCUCAAGCGGAUCCACGAGGUGCAGGAGGAGAUGAAGAACAAAGAGCAUUGGGAUUCUCUGCCCAGGGACCAGCAGCAGGCCCGGCAGUCUCAGCUGGCCCAGGACGAGCGGGUCUCACGCUCUUACUUGGCCCUGGCGACAGAAACGGUGGACAUGUUCCACAUCCUCACCAAGCAAGUCCAGAAGCCUUUCCUCAGACCGGAACUGGGACCACGGCUGGCUGCGAUGCUGAACUUCAACCUCCAGCAGCUCUGCGGCCCCAAGUGCCGGGACCUGAAAGUGGAGAACCCCGAGAAGUAUGGGUUUGAACCAAAGAAGCUCCUGGACCAGCUGACGGACAUCUACCUGCAGCUAGACUGCGCUCGCUUUGCAAAAGCAAUAGCUGACGACCAGAGGUCCUACAGCAAGGAGCUGUUUGAGGAGGUCAUUUCAAAGAUGAGGAAGGCCGGAAUCAAAUCGACGAUAGCAAUCGAGAAAUUCAAGCUGUUGGCGGAGAAGGUGGAGGAAAUUGUUGCCAAGAAUGCUCGAGCAGAAAUUGACUACAGCGACGCCCCCGAUGAGUUCAGAGAUCCCCUCAUGGACACGCUGAUGACUGACCCGGUCCGUUUGCCCUCUGGUACGAUCAUGGAUAGAUCUAUCAUUCUCCGGCACCUUCUGAAUUCUUCAACGGAUCCUUUCAACCGGCAGCCACUAACGGAAAACAUGCUGGAACCAGUGCCAGAGCUGAAAGAGCAAAUCCAAGUCUGGAUGAGAGACAAACAGAACACCGACCACUGAAAACACCCCGGCAGCACAGCACUGACAUGGACUCUGGAGAGCCGAGUGAGGGUCAGGAUGGGCGGAAGUGACAAUACUCUGGAAGCGGAAGCUGGGCGCAAACUCACCAGGUGCCUGCUGCCGCUGCCAAAUACAUAGAAGCAUGUGGACAGACGGGCAGGGGAAGAAGCAGCUUAAUUCUUGUACAUAUAUUUAAGUGACACAAACGAUGGUCGAAUAGCAUUAUGGGGGAUAAAUUAGGAAGUUGCUCUUGCUACGAAGCAAAGUCCUCCUGACAGCUCAUAACUGGGGUUGAUACAGCCGAAUUCUUUUUAGCGAAAGACGCACAGAUCAGGGCAGCAAACCCUCCUCCAAUGUGUGUUGGUUGGUUUCUUUCUUUUUUUAAAAAGCUUAUUGCCAGAUCUCCGUUAAUUUUGAUUGUGGUUGGAACCUUGAACGUUUUGCUGCUAAACUAAUUCCCUUUCCCCCUUUCUUCCCCAUCCCCUCUUCCUGCCCUAUCCUGUCCUUCCCCCCCCACCCCACCUCUAAUACAAAGAAAAUGUUCCCAAUAUAUUAAAAAACAACAACUCCUUGUCUGUCUCCAAGAGAACAUAAUCUUGAAAAGAAAACUGUGCCUGCAACAAGUGUUAAUCUUGGGGGAAUAAUAUUUUUCUAUUAUACAUAUUCAUUUAUUUUUUUGGUAGGCCGCACACAAUGGCAAAGGGUGGUUAUUGUUUCUUUCUUUUUUCCUUUGUCGGCACAUCGAUUUUAAGUUGUUCAACGUUUCCCUUUUGUCUUUUGGCGCUCCGGAUUUUUUCUUUUAAAAAACAAAACAAAAAACCUUUGCAAUGUGGGGAGAUCCUGAAACAGCUGCCAUAAAGAAGUUGGUGUGGAAUACCUAAAACUUUGAUUUAAAAGAUAUAUAAAAUUCUUUUAAAGCCAGAGAUCUCAUAAGCUAAAAGAUGAUUUCUGAGUCUUUUUAAGAGCCUGUCUCCAGGGGAGUGGGGUGUGUGGAAGAUCAUUUUAUUCUAGGCGCCUACCAGUCGCAGGAGGGGGUCCAUUUUUUUUAUGUUGCGUACCGGUUUGUAUCCAUGGCUUGGCCUUACCAAAGCAAAAAAAAAAGGGUGCAGAAAAAAUGUAGACUUGCUUUUUUUAAAAAAAGAAACUAUAUAAAAAGACUGAACACUUUUCUAUAACUGCCCCCUGCUUAAAGAUACUUGAAUUUUCCUUUUUAAAAAGGAUCUGAAACCACAGUGUUUUAAAAAUUAAGCCUGAAAAAUAAGAAAAUGUUUUCUUUUUCCACUGACAGUGUCCUCUGUUCAGUUCCUGAUUCUUGAACUACAAUAAAUGGUGAUACACAUUCACAAGAA